CAUUUGCGAGUGAAGAAACACAAUGUUUCUCAUUGCAUAUGGUCUUGCCCUGUCUUUCUUUCUCUGCAUCAUUGAAUGUAGAGAUGCAAACCUUGUUUUAGUUGAGAAUCCAAGAGAGGCUCUUUGUCUUGAUGGAUCACCUCCAGGAUAUUAUAUCAGAAAAGGUUUUGGUUCUGGUGUCAAUAAAUGGAUACUUCACUUGCAAGGUGGUGGCUGGUGCUAUGAUAAAGAUGACUGUCUUAAGUGGAGCAAAACUGAUCUAGGGUCUUCAAAAAAUUGGCCACAAAAAGCUCCUUAUACAUAUUUAAAUUCUGGCUUGCUCUCAUACCUGAAGACAAAGAAUCCUGACUUCUAUGAGUGGAAUGUAGUCCAUGUUCAAUACUGUGAUGGAGCAUCAUAUUCUGGUUAUGUUGAGAGUCCAGUGCAAGUUAGUGGUACCUCUAUAUAUUUCCGAGGCAUUAAAAUACUUGAAGCAAUCAUACAAUCAUUGAAAGAUGGUGGAAUGAACAGUGCAGAAGAAGUUAUACUCACUGGAUGUUCAGCUGGUGGCUUAGCAGCAUUUCUUCAUGCUGACCGUGUGAAGUCCCUCUUACCUCGCUCUGUAAAAUACCGCGUACUGCCAGAUGCUGGAUACUUCAUUGAUGCUCCAAAUGUUGAUGGUGAUAUGCACAUAAGGAGCGUUUACACUAAUUUGUUCAAUAUGCAGAAUUGUUCUGGUGGGGUUGAUCAAGAUUGUAUUGCUGCUUAUAGUGGAUCCAAUGACGCUUGGAAAUGCUUUAUGGCUCAGUAUACUUAUCCUUAUAUAUCAUCUCCUACCUUUACACUGCAUUCUCUGACUGAUACAUGGCAACUGGAAAACAUAGUGGAGCUUGAUUGCCUGCCACCGAGUUGUACAGCUACUCAAAUGAAGGAGUUUUAUAAGUUCACUAAAGAAUUUAAAGUUGCAGCUGCGCCUGUAAUAUCUUCUUCUACGAAUGGAGCAUUUCUCAAUUCUUGUUUAAAGCACUGUCAAUCUAUGAGCUCUUAUGGCUGGAAUGGUAGGCUUGUUAAAGGUCAAACUGCAGCUGCUACAUUUAGCAACUGGUACUUCAAAAAGGAAGGACUGAAGAAUGUUGUGGAUUGUCCUUAUCCCUGCAAUAAAUCCUGCUAGAGUUCUAGUAUAUUAUACAAUAUUAUACAACUUGAUUACUGAUUAAUUUGUUAUAUUAUAAACUAAUUAAUUUAUAUCAAAGAAGUAUAAAUGAAUAAUUUAA